AGGAGAGCCCCUCACUGACAUAAAGUUAGUAACAACGUGCUACCCGUGCACUACUAGUGGGAAGUAAAUAUGAAACGUGGUGUCGUCAGAAGCUGCUUUUCCAAUAAGGUGGGAGUCAAUAAAAGCCGCGAGACUCCACGCGCUCGCAUAGUCCAUUAGACGCAGUGCGUUCAACCCGCGCAGAUUCAACUGACAGAGGUGAAGCUGCCGGAGCUAGCAUGAGCGCAUCGGCGGCACGUCUCUUCCUGUGGUCUUUGUUGCUGUUUAAGGUAUGGGUGGAUGCUAGCGAUGGAGAAGCUAUAUUCAUCCGUGAAUUCACCCUGAGCCGCCGUGACGAGCUCCCUGAUGAUUUCUUGAAUGAAGGUCCUGCAAGCCACAAGUCUGAGGAUUCUAACUCACGGACAGCAAGGUCAGAAGAGGACAGAGACACUCUGUGGGAUGCCUGGGGUACAUGGAGCGAAUGUUCACGCACCUGUGGUGGAGGAGCUUCCUAUUCUCUCAGGCGUUGUCUCAGUUCCAAGACCUGUGAGGGGCAGAAUAUCAAAUACCGCACGUGCAGUAACGUGGACUGUCCACCAGAUUCUGGAGAUUUCCGUGCUCAGCAGUGUUCAGCCCACGCUGAUGUGCGCUACCAGGGUCGCUUCCACGAGUGGCUGCCAGUGGACAACGACCCUGAAAACCCGUGUGCCCUCAAAUGCAAGGCUAAAGGCACAGACUUAGUAGUAGAGCUGGCACCAAAGGUGUUAGAUGGAACUCGCUGCUACACGGAAUCUUUGGAUAUGUGCAUCAGUGGAGUCUGUCAGAUUGUUGGCUGUGAUCAUGAGUUAGGAAGCAAUGCUAAAGAAGACAAUUGUGGAGUUUGCAAUGGAGAUGGAUCUUCUUGCAGACUUGUGAGAGGACACUACAAAUCCCAACAUGCCAGUGGGAAGACUGAGGACACUGUGAUUGUUAUUCCUUAUGGAAGUCGUCAUGUGCGCCUGGUUCUGAAAGGCCCGGAUCACUUGUAUCUGGAGAGUAAGACAUUGCAGGGGAUCAAGGGGGAGCUUUCUCUGGAUGGAACCAAGCAAUACAUCUUACAGGACACAAUCAUUGACUUCCAGAAGCUCACUGACAAGGAGAUCCUUAGAAUCGUUGGACCACUAGAGGCUGACUUUACCGUCAAAGUCUAUUAUGCCAGCGGUAUAGACAGUGUGGUGCAGUUUAUCUUCUACCAACCGAUCAACCAUCGCUGGAGAGAGACCGACUUCUUCCCCUGUUCAGUAACUUGUGGUGGCGGGUAUCAGCUGACUUCAGCAGAGUGCUUUGACCUGCGCAGUAAUCGUGUGGUGGUGGACCAGUAUUGCCAUUAUUACCCUGAGAAUGUCAAGCCCAAACCUAGACUGCAGGAGUGCAACAUGGAUCCUUGUCCUGCCAGUGAUGGCUACAAGCAAAUAAUGCCCUAUGACCUCUACCACCCACUGCCUCGAUGGGAGAGCAGCCCCUGGACUGCCUGUUCUACGUCCUGCGGUGGGGGAGUUCAAAGUCGUUCCGUCUCAUGUGUGGAAGAAGAUAUGCAGGGAAACAUUACUCCCACAGAUGAAUGGAAGUGUCUGUACGCAUCCAAGACAUCUGUCAUGCAACCAUGCAACACGUUUGACUGUCCAACAUGGAUUGCGCAGGAAUGGUCACCGUGCACAGUAACCUGUGGACAAGGCCUGCGCUACAGAGUGGUCCUGUGCAUUGAUCACAGAGGGCUGCAUGCUGGUGGCUGCAAUCCCAUCUCAAAGCCACACAUAAAGGAAGACUGUCUGGUUCCUGUUCCCUGCUACAAGCCCGCAGAGAAACUGCCUGUUGAAGCAAAGCCACCUUGGUUCAAGCAAGCCAUAGAACUUGAGGAAGAUACAGCCAUUUCUGAGGAACCAACGUUCAUUCGAGGAGCUUGGGGGCCCUGCAGUAGAUCAUGUGGCGCUGGCAUACAGAGGAGGACCGUGAAAUGUCAGGUGUUGCUCUCCUUCACCCAGACGGUUGCUGAUCUUCCAGAUGAUGAGUGUGAAGGACAGAAGCCCCCAGAGAUACAACCCUGUUACCGCACACCCUGCCCUGGAGUGAGAACUGAGCAGGAGAGCGAGAGAAUUAGAAACACAGCUACAGAGCAAGAAGAGCUACAUGACUGGGAGUAUGAUGGGUUUACUGAGUGCUCCGAAAUGUGUGGAGGAGGGAUAAAAGAGGCAGUGGUGAUCUGUUUGAACAAGCAGACGAGAGAAGCUGCAGAUGAAAGUGAGUGUGUGAGCACACAGAGACCUCUUCAACUGGUGCAACCCUGUAAUACUGAACCUUGUCCACCCAGGUGGGAGCUGGAGGCUUGGAGCACCUGUUCGGCAACAUGUGGUGUUGGCCUCCAGACUCGAGCUGUCACCUGCACACUGAAAGUAAGCGCACAUAGCAACCGCACUGAGAGGGUCAAAGAUGAGAAGUGUCGGCAGCCCAAGCCCUCCUCUGUGCAGGCCUGUAAUCGUUUUGAUUGUCCUCCCAUGUGGGAUCCACAGGAAUGGAGUCAGUGUUCUCAUACAUGUGGAGGUGGCCAUCAGAAGAGGGAUGUUAUUUGUAAGCAGCGAAUGGCAGAUGGAAGUGUACUGGAGUUACCUGAAACCUUCUGUCCCUCUUCAAGCUUGCCCACAUUGCAGCCUUGUGGCCUGAUAGACUGCCCUGCUCAGUGGGUCUUCUCAAAUUGGACACAGUGUUCAGCAGCUUGUGGAGAAGGGACCCAGAGGUUGCUAGUGGUGUGCAGGAGGAUGGGGCUGAAUGGACAGUACCAAACUCUGAUUCCAGAGGCCUGCUCUUCUAUUCCGAAGCCCUCGACAGCUCGAUCAUGUUCCUCUGGACCCUGUGAGAAGACUUUGAAGCCAGUAGCUGCAAAACCAGAUCCUGCUAUUUUGACCCAGAGGAAGGUCUAUAUUCAGUGGAGGAAAGGCCCAAAACUACAUUUUGUAGUAGGUGGAUAUGCUUACUUACUUCCAUGGACAUCAAUUGUGCUGAGUUGCCCUACUCGUCAUUUUCAUAAAGGCCAUGUUCGUUGGUUAAAGGAUGGAAAACCACUGCUAUUACUGCCCCAUGUUUCCAUAUCUCGUAUGGGUUACAUCAAGAUCCAGCAGAUCCGUGCCUCAGACAUAGGGAUGUAUACUUGCGUUGCUGGGCAGGCAAAGGAAAAUUUUGUCCUCAAACUUAUUGGAAGCAAGAAGACGAAGGUGUCAGCUAUAGAAGCUGACGUCUGGGCAAUAGAUGGUGGCAAAAGCUCAGCAAAGACUUACCAAAUAUCAUCUAAAGAGAAAGAGGUUCUCACUUUUAAUCGCUAUGAUGUUGUCGUGCAGCACUUGAUUCAUUUAAAGGGUUUGUCUCUGGAGACGUACAUCUCUAAAGAACUGCUGGACGAAGAUGCAGUUUUUGAUUCUCAAAGCCCUCAGGUGCUGGUGGCAGACAUGGAAAAACUUGAUGAGAUAACACGCAACUUAUCUGGUGGCCUCCAGGCCUCACAAAAGGAAGAACUUAUUACUCAGCUGUUAGAGGAACUAACCAAGAAGACUGGUGAAAACAAUGAUUCCACCUUGGAAGCCCAUGAGAAACAAGAAUUCACAACUCCGGAGUACAUUUCUCGAGGAAAUUAUUUAAGACUGGCUUCUCAGUCCACCAGACAAUGGAAAGGACCUCUGAGAAGACCAGUGAUUGUACAGAAAUUUUCAAGAGUCUAUAAGUCCCCUCAUGAAAUAUUGACCAAUGCUGGCAGUUUUGUUGUGGUCCCAAUGCAGGCCAUGAAGGUGGAGCUUAAAUGUGAAGUGCAGGGCAACCCAAAGCCAAUAAUAAUUUGGACAAAAGAUGGGAUGGAGUUAAAAAAUGGCAGCAGGCCUGAUGCCAGACAGCUCCCUGUACAUUGAAGUUCCCAAGGAGACUGACUUUGGAUUUUACACAUGCCGAGCCACAAAUCAUCUGGGGUCCACCUUGUUGUCAUUUCAACUGCAAAAAGCAGGAAAUGGCUGUACAGUUGGUACAAGUAAAAGUAAUAGCACAUGUUCUGACAAUUUCCAGUCAUCUGAAGGCUGCAAUGGACAAUACUGCCCCCACAG